AUGAUCGGCAAGAACGAUGAGCGCCGCAAGACCGACGUCCAGAAGAAGCAAGAGUUGGAGUUGCAAAAGAAGAAGGAGGCCGCCGUCCGAGAGAUCCCCCAGAUGCCUUCGUCCAUGUUCUUCGAGCACAACGAGGCCCUUGUGCCUCCCUACAACGUCCUUGUCGAUACCAACUUCCUCUCCCGGACCGUCGGCGCCAAGCUCCCCCUCAUGGAGUCAGCCAUGGACUGCCUCUUUGCCUCGGUCAACAUCAUCAUCACAUCAUGCGUCAUGGCCGAGUUGGAAAAGCUCGGGCCCAAGUACCGCGUUGCGCUGAUGAUUGCCCGUGACGAGCGGUGGACUCGUCUCACUUGCGACCACAAGGGAACGUAUGCCGAUGACUGCAUUGUCGAGCGUAUUCAGAAGCACAGGAUAUAUAUCGUUGCUACCAACGAUAGGGACUUGAAGAGGAGAAUCCGCAAGGUUCCUGGUGUGCCCAUCAUGUCUUGCGGCAAGGGCAAGUACGCCAUUGAGAGACUCCCUGGUGCUCCUGCCUCGUAA